UUCUCUAUUUUUCAGUCAUUGGGAACAUUUUUUAUUGCUUUACUUCUCUUUAGUUUCCUUUUCAAAAGUUGAAGAAACACAGACAGCUAAGCAUCAGUCAUCUGUGAGCCUGGAUGAUGAGGAAAACAUCCCAGUAACAACUCUUGUUUUUAUUCCCCUAUGGAGUCAUACGUGUUGGAUUGUUUAUUAUGUUUGCUCCCUUGCUCCUUGUUUUUCCUGCUGAGUUUGGGUCUCCGCUGGCCGGGGUUAUGCAGUUGGGUAAAUGUGGCUUUCAGGACUGCAGGCUGGAAGCUGUGGGUCACAAUCUGUGCGAUCCUGGAGCUGCCGCUGCUGCACAGCGACGAGGAGCUGAAGCCACCAGAGACGUUAUCAGGUCAGACCUCAUUUGGACCCAGGCUCAUCUGUAAGCCCUCUGCACUGGCCAGGUAUCUGCUGCAGCACUGCGGCUCGCUCACAAAGGCAAAACUGGCCAACUGGCCCUGGGGAGACCCCCACCUGCAGACGGUCUCCAGCCAAAUGUGUGGAGAACAUCCAGACGGCAUCCAGUUCACCAGAGAGCACCUCCUGCUGAAGGACGGGGGGGUCGUGGCUCUGGACUGGGCGACGGCUAAGAGGAGGAGGGAGGUGAAGAAGGAGCAGCAGUCAGGGAGGAAGGCCAUCGGGUGUUUCACCUCGACACCCCCUGUCCUCCUCAUCAUCCCUCAGUCCUGGGGAGGGACGACCCCCCACCUGCAGCGGCUCUGCCAGCAGGCCGCGCAGCAGGGCUUCUCUGUGGUCGUGUUUCACCAUCGGGGCACAGCCGGGUCGCCCCUCACCACACCAAGAAUCUGUGAGUUUGGAGACCCGGCGGAUCUGGAGCAGCUUACGGUAGCAAUGCCGUGUGUUUUCAGGCGGUUGUGUAUGUCCGCAGUCGGCACCCGUCCUCUGCGUUGGUUGCGAUAUGUCAGUUCGCUCCGAGGAAUCCUGGAUGUGGAUCGUGCCCUCCGAUCCUCCAGCCUCAGAGAUUUUGAAGAAGCUCUUUUCUGCUCUCCCACUGAGAAAGCUUCUCCAUCCACAGAGAGAAACCCCCCAUCUCCCUCCCUCAGGGGCCUAACAUCAGCAGCGGACUGGACUCUGGGUGAAAGAGCUUACCCAGCAGCGGACUGGGAGAGCUACUGGGGGAGGAAUGAACCUCUGAGAGAUGCAGAUGAGGUGGCGAUCCCAGUGCUCUGCAUCUGCAGCUCUGAUGAUCCUCUCCUCCCUCCAGCCUCCACGCUCCCCGUUUCCCUUUUCCAGAGCAACCCUUAA